CACGUCGAAGAAAAUGACUGUUUAUAACACGAAAGAUAUCUAUCUGAAGUUACCACUAUACGUUUUUAGACCUGGCGAAAGAUUCGCAGUUUAGUUCAACGUUUGUUCAUUCGUUGUGUUCAUUUCCAAGCUGGAUUUCUUUGUGUGUGUAUUGUGUAGAUAACAGUUGUUGGAAACUUUUGUAAAAGUUCACGUCUUCCAGAAUGAAAUUGAAAAGCGACUUUCACCGCCACACGGUUUAUCGUUGUGUGUUGGGUCAGGUGGCAAUCGGCCUCCUCACAGGGCUGUUGUUCCCGCAUACAGGUGUUUAUGGUCAUCCUAGCAAAAACUGUAAUAUCAGAACAUGGUACGUUGACAUGUUAGCAGACGGACAUUUAACCGAUUCUCUCACUGGGGAACAGCUGGUUGCAAAGUCUGAGUUAGAGGGCAUGUUGAAACAGGCUAAACUAGACAAAAACAAUAUGGUCAGUUGUGACAUUCUACAAAAAUACAGCAACAUAUUUAAAACACAAGAUGACGAGCCAGUAAUUAAAAACACUGAGACAAAAAUUACUGAUAUCGAACAUGAUGUACCAUCGUCUGAAGAAGACGCUGUGCAAGAUACCAAGGUAAACAUGGACACCAUCGAUGAAACAGAAUUCGGGGACGAAACAGAGUUCAGCAGUGACGAUAACAUAGAUGUGAUCACAGAUUCGAAGGUCACUAAUGUUGAAGAAAAGGAAAAUAUAGCCUUGAAUAUGAAACCUACCCUAUGAAACUAACAGGGCAGACAAAAUUACAAAAAAGAAAACAAAAAUUAAAUCAGACACCGCAAAAGUUCACAUUUCUAGUCUUGUAUGGGGUAUUUGUUUUCGUAACCGUUCUUAUAUGUUACAACAUCUUUUAGAAGUUAGAGAAACGAAUCCUGUUAACACUUUCACUGUUGAAGAACAGAACAUUCUACAGGAGAGGUCUGUAUUAUACCCAAUACGCAAUGUUACAGACAUAAUAGUAUGCAAGUUGAGACGACGCUGUUCAAAUUACUGCUACUAUAUGGCAGUCAUUAAACAAAGUAGAUGUUUUCCAGAAUAUUCAUUAGGAUAUGGUUCAAGUGAUGAGAAAAGCAACGGACAGAACACUUCAGUAAAGUAUACCAAAGAACCUAGUAUACAGCAUAACAUUCAACACAGCAGAGCAGACGACAGCGAUUCGUCCGUUCAAAGUGUUGAUACUGAUUCCUCACUUAAGGGUGAUAAUUCAAACAAACACGAAGGCGAUGUAAAUCUUAAUGUGGAAUCGAUUACUGAUAAAGGAGAUGGACCUGCUGAUGAACCAGCUACUACUACUAAUUGUCAAACUACUUCCAGUCCAAACUUUGAUUUUGUUAAAUUCGAACAGCAGUUUACGCUGAAAGCUAACGAAUAUGAAACAAAGAUACAGUCGCUUGAAAUCAUGAUCAUUCGUUUGGAAAACAGAUUGUUGUCAGAAAAACUUUCACAGCAGAACGACACAGGCUCAUUUGCAAGGUUAGAGAAUCAGAUCUUAAAAGUAGAAAAUGAACUUUUAAAACUGAACCAAAGUUACUUUGUUUUAAGAGACGAGAAUGAAAUGCUGAAAAAACGCCAAGGUAAAUAUUUAGAGUUAGCUCACGUCAAGAGUCAGUCUUCGGAUAAUACGAAUACCUCGAAACAACACGAGAUGAUUUCACAGCAACACUUCAAGAUUAUUCAACUGAAAACCCUGCUGCAAAACCAUUCAAACCUUUUUGAUAAGCUGCAACGUAAACACGUCUUUUUAGAAGAACAGAACCAAAUACUGCACCAAAUUGUAAUGAAUCAAACUGCCAUAAUUUCAAACAUUAUGAAAAAGAUGCAAGAAAUAGCAGACGAUAAUAAUAAACAAAGACAUGAAACACAGAGUCUUAAGGCUAAGUUAGAUAUACAAACUACGUCGACUGAUAUUUUAGAAAAAUUGGAACAUUUGGUUUCUGACAAAAUGGUAACUUCUCCCAGACAAGUAAAUCAGGCGAAGGAAGAGAAGGAACAUAAUAUUCCACAAACUAAGAAGUUUUUCCCAGAAAAUCCAGCAUCAUGGUUUGGCGACAAGACAAAAUUGCAAUGCCAAGGCAACAAGAGCCCUAGAUAUUGUUUUCUUUAUUCCAUAAUACUGUCACCAUGCCCUCCAUUUUCACCCAUCUAUUGGAACAAAUGUCCGUUCCUUUUGAAGCGUAUGCCAACUGAUGACCCAGCACACCAAAACCAGAACAAAGAACCAAACUUAGAUACUGUUAGAGAUGCAGUCCGCAUUCAACAGCAGCCGACUAUCACUGAUAAUAAAAAGACUCCACAAUCUCAAACAAAAGCGCAAAGCACGACGGCAGCUGACCAUACUGUUCCGAUCAAUAGUUUAGGAACUAAAGAUGGCAAACCGGAAAAGAAGACCAUAGAAAACGAUGAUCAGAAACAAAAUAUUAAUAAACAGAAUGAAAAUGUUAUGAAAAAUAAGAAACCAGACGAAAAACAUAAUGAAUUGGGGUCAAAAGAACUGAAUACAGACAGAAAAGAUACGGAAGGAAAAAAGAAAGCUAUAAAGACUGAUGACGCAGCAGACACAUCAAGUAAUAAAAAACAAACUCCAGAGACCAGAAAGGUUGCUGGUACGGCAGAGCAGUUGAAUAAAAAGAAAACUGAAAACAUUAAUUCAGAAAACAAGAUACAGAACAAGGCUGAUUCUAAUAGCAAUGCUGUUAAUGUCGUUAAACAAAAGGUGAAUGUUACAGAAAAACCACGCAAAAUACUUUAUCCAGCAGAAGCUUUCGACAAAGCAAAAGACUGUUACAGCCUGUACGAGCAGGGCCACUCCUUGAACAAAAUGUACAGAGUCCAUCUGGUAGGCACCAGAGAGCCAAUCUCGGUAUUCUGCGACAUGCGAAGGGGAGGAUGGACCGUCAUAAUGAAACGAGUAGAUGGUUCUGUUAAGUUCAACAGAGACUGGUAUGACUACAAAACCGGCUUUGGAGGGGUCUACACCGAGCAUUGGAUCGGCAACGACAACCUACAUUACCUGACUAACCAAGACUAUUACACUCUGAGGGUGGAGAUCAUGGACUGGGAACGUGAACGACGUUACGCAGAAUACGACGACUUUUGGGUAGACGACGAAGAUGCCAACUAUCGUCUACACAUCGGCGGCUACCGCGGUGACGCGGGCGACGGCUUCUUUAGACACAGCGGCAUGAUGUUUAGCACGUAUGACAGCGACAACGACCUUCUGAAGGAAACCCAGAUGGGAGGCAGCUGUGCAAAAAGAUUCAAGGGCGGAGGCUGGUACUAUCGAUGUUACAACAACAACUUGUUUGGAAUUUACUACCACAGUGAAAACAUCCCCGCGAAACACUUUGAUGGAAUCACGUGGAAACCUUGGAAAGGACCAAACAACUCCAUGAAAGAAGUUGUUUUAAAGAUAAGACCACGUCAUGCACGUGAUUUGUGAUCACACAUUGACAUAAUAUUACGUUACUGCUACAGAAUGUAGUUAAUGACCAAAGACCAGAUUCGUUAUAUUGAUAUACACAAUCCGUGAUCCGCAAAACAUUACUUUCUAUGCAAAGGCUUUGGGUAGACUGCAUAUAUAGUGUAUUACGUUUUUAUAUGCGUAUCCUUAUUGGAUACCUUACCUGAUGAUUUUUUUUAUUGUUGCGAUGAAGUAUAUAUGGAAUCUGAACCAUAUACAUUUAGGAUAUGCAAGCGACGCAUGAUGGCAUAAGAUGAGAACAAAUGGAAUCUGACCUUCAGAUACCCGAACAGGCUAAGGGACUUAAUAUAUGAAUGAACUAAGAUGAACACAUUAAAGGUACUGCAUUUACAAAUACGUGCAAUAUACAUACAAGACGUUGUAACUGUGCUGGGUCAGAAAAUGGUGGAAUAGUACAAAAAUACAUUCUGUGCAUAUAAGAACAAUCAUAUAGACGUUUGCCAUUUUAUUAAAAUCUUUUGUUUUCUCCACAAUAAUUAUUGUUUCUUCAGUUUUUAAACUGUUGAAGAGAAAGGGAGGUAAAAUGAAUGGAAGAAUAGUGGAGGAAAAGAAAUUUUAUUAAUAUAUUUUGUCUUUAAAGACCUAUAAUUUCCACAUUUUGAGAGCUCCUUUCACCAAUUAUAAAGGCUGAAAACUGACAUAUAUUUUAAUUUUAUGUGUACAUGCAAAAUUGGCACAUUUUUGCCCAUUAAUUUGAAAACACAUAUUGUGGACAUGGAUCAAUGGGGGAGCGGGCGGGAAUGGGGGUGGGGCUCCUGUGGAUCCAUUACUGUUGUGAUCAACAGUUUGAAAUCCCGCCAAACUACACUUGUUUAUGUUUUAAUAUUAAAAGUAAACUUACUUUUGUGCAUA